GAGCUCUUCAAUGACCCGGCAAUCGUCAAUAUGCGCAACGCAAGACCCGGCUAUGUCCCGCCCUUCGAGUAUGGCCGUCGAUGAAUGCACGGCCUCUUUCGUGGUGAUUUGCUAGCUGAAUUCCUCAGAUGAAUCCAUUCUCGGUUAUCCAAUCGUCGGCAUCACGAUCAGACCUGACUUGCUUUUCUCGAAUCAACACAUUGAGGAUGGCGCGGCACGUCUUUGCGGCACCAUCUGACCCUUUCGUACAUACUCGCUAUCAUCAGUCAUUGUCUCGGGAGCGAUAGCAACUCGUCGGCAUCGCGACUCUUCCCCACUGAGCCAGCAGUCUGAGACGAUACUGUCCUUUAUCGUCGGCUCCAGGGGCGGAUCAGCUACUGAUGAUAGCAACAGCUGCAUAUCAGUUGCCUCUUUACGAUGCUGCAGCUGCCGACUGACCUCCUGGGCCAGCUCCUCACUGCUUCUCUCAACGACGUGGCCAGGCAUCGAUGAAGGGCUCUCUCCUCGUCUCGUUCGCCGCUACAGCUUCAGUAAUCGCUACUAAGAUCGUGCAGAAAGCUGCAACGGUUCAUAUCAACAAGCAUUCGCAUGGGCGGGGCCGCAAGUCCGUCCAGAUCUCAAAGUAUAUCUUUGCCGACGUUGUGUGCGCUUCUUACUUCACAUUCGGUGACGAUCCGACGCCCUACCUUCUCUCUAUCGACACAGGAUCGGCACUCACCUUUGUUGGCGUCAGUCGCGAUCGCGUCUUUUGGCCAGACUCGACCUUCAAGCGAUAUGCAGCCCUGCCAUUCUCUGAGGUCAGCUGGGCCCGCGCCGCUCCGGAACGGUCAGAGCUCACGCGUACGCAGAGCUUCGGAGAUGGUAGUUCAAUCAAUGGCAACCUCCUCGUAGGCCCAAUCAGUCCCGCCAAAGGGCUGCGUGUCAACUCAACCCUGGGUGGUCUUCUUCCCAGCGAGUCAUUCAGCAAGUUGAGUCCCGAUGUCGACGGAUUAUUCGGUCUCUCUGUUGAAGCAUCGCUUGACUAUGUGCUCACUACGGCUGGCUUCGAUGCGGCAACGAGAAAGAACUUCCAUCCUUUCAUGUUCGAUGCGGUCGCUCAGGGCGCUCUGCCUGUGAACACCUUCGGACUAGGCUUCACACCUCAGAUUGUCGAGCAAGGCGCCCAGGAAAAUGCAGUCACACUGGGCGGUUAUGACGAAAAGGUUCUCACAUCGGAGAUCAUGUGGUCCCCUGUGCAAGGGGUACCGGGCAAGGGCUUCGCACCUGCCUGGAAUGUGGACUUUCAAAUCCCCGCUAUUGGCUUGGUCCCCGGCAAGAGCGGCCCUUUACCAGCAGGAUUGGUUGACUCUGGCACGGUUCUACUCAAUCUGCCAGGCACGGCGUUCGCAAACUAUGUCAAACAACUACCCAAUGGCGUAUUCGAUCCGGACGUAAACUUUGUGCGCGUUCUCAAGUCGGAGGUUGACAAAGUCAAGUCGCUCGAUAUCAGUAUUGCCACACCAGCGACCAAGUCAGGACGGUCGAUCAUCAAGCUUCGCGGCGAAUCUCAGUUCUUCUCUGAUGCUGUCGCCACGAAGAUCGGUCUCGAUGUUACAAAGUAUGCUUGGUCUUGGAUAGGUCAGGGGUCCACCGAAGACAACUACGGCGCCAUCUUUGGACUAUUCUUCCAUCAGUACUUUUACGUCAUCUACGACGCGUCCUCAUCCGAUGGUCUGCGCGUGGGUAUUGCGACGACAAAGUAUAGCUGAGCGAAUCCAUGCUUUUGCACUUAUGGUGUGCAUGCAAAUGUCCGUCUGUAUUGAGCGACAACAAUUACUUGGUGAUUGGCGAGUGCUUGGUUCUUGCGAUACCAGCGCGGCGGCUUGGGCCACUCGCAUCCAAGAUGACGUAGUACCUCUCGAAAAAGUACAUGCCGAGCAA